UCACACUGUGUGUUUAGUAACUUUGGGGCUUAAACACAAAAUACAGCGCACACAGAGGAGAUAAGAAAAGGACGAUUUAAAGAGUUGAGGUGUUGAUAAGGUGUAAAACAGAGGAGUUUAUGUGGUGAGAGCGCGGGUUUAAGCGCGGACAGGGAGGGCAGCAGGGCUCCGUAUAGCCCCCCGCCUCCGGUUCAGGUCUUCCCAGUAAAAGCCCGUGUGUUCGGAGGGUGAAGAUGGCGGACGUGCUGAGCGUGCUGCGGCAGUACAACAUCCAGAAGAAAGAGAUCAUCGCUAAAGGAGAGGAAGUGAUAUUUGGAGAGUUUUCAUGGCCCAAAAACGUCAAAACCAACUAUGUGAUCUGGGGAACAGGAAAGGAAGGCCAGCCUAAGGAGUACUACACUUUGGACUCCAUUCUUUUCCUUCUCAACAAUGUGCAUCUUCCUCACCCGUCCUAUGUGCGCAGAGCUGCGACAGAGAACAUACCUGUGGUCAGAAGACCGGACAGAAAAGACCUGCUGUCAUAUCUCAAUGGAGAAAGCUCAUCAUCAACGAGUAUCGACAGAAGUGCACCCAUUGAGAUUGGUCUACAGAGGCCGACACAAGUCAAACGAGCUGCAGAUGAAGUUUCUUCAGAAGCAAAAAAGCCACGAUUUGAGGAUGAAGAACGAGUGCGUCUGGAUAAGGAGCGUCUGGCUGCCCGUCUGGAAGGCCAUAAGGAAGGCAUUGUGCAGACGGACCAGAUUCGGUCGCUCUCAGAGGCCAUGUCUGUGGAAAAGAUUGCCGCCAUCAAAGCCAAAAUUAUGGCCAAGAAGCGUUCCACCAUCAAGACUGACCUGGACGACGACAUCACCCUGAAGCAGAGGAGCUUUGUGGACGCUGAAGUGGACGUGACGAGAGACAUCGUCAGCAGAGAGCGCGUGUGGAGGACGAGGACCACCAUUCUACAGAGCAGCGGGAAGAACUUUUCCAAAAGCAUCUUUGCCAUCCUGCAGUCAGUAAAGGCCAGAGAAGAGGGCCGAGCUCCAGAACAGAGACCAGCACAGAAUCCAACUCAGACGGAUCCAUCAGUCAGAAACAAGCAGCCGGUCCCAGCAGCCUACAACAGAUACGAUCAGGAGCGAUUCAAAGGGAAAGAGGAAACGGAGGGAUUCAAAAUCGACACCAUGGGAACUUACCACGGCAUGACGCUGAAGUCUGUGACGGAAGGAGCAUCAGCACGGAAGGCUCAGACUCCUGCGAUUCAGGCUGUUCCCAGACCAGUGUCACAGGCAAGACCCCCUCCCAACCAAAAGAAAGGCUCGAGAACCCCCAUCAUAAUCAUCCCAGCUGCUACCACUUCCCUCAUCACCAUGCUCAACGCCAAGGACCUCCUGCAGGACCUGAAAUUCGUUACGCCUGAAGAGAAGAAGAAACUGGGCAUUCAGAGGGAUAAUGAGGUGCUGCUGCAGAGGCGUAAAGACCAGGUUCAGCCUGGAGGAUCCGCCAUCAGCGUCACCGUGCCCUACAGAGUCAUCGACCAGCCGCUCAAACUGGCACCACAAGACUGGGACCGUGUUGUGGCUGUCUUCGUCCAGGGUCCUGCCUGGCAGUUUAAAGGCUGGCCGUGGCUGCUGCCUGACGGAUCUCCUGUGGACAUUUUUGCAAAAAUCCGAGCCUUCCACCUGAAGUAUGACGAGGUGAGGAUGGACCCCAACGUGCAGAAGUGGGACGUCACUGUGCUGGAGCUGAGCCACCACAAGCGGCAUCUGGACCGACCCGUCUUCCUGCGCUUCUGGGAGACGCUGGACAGGUAUAUGGUGAAACACAAGUCUCACCUUCGUUUCUGAGCUCUGUCGCCGCUGCGCUCGUCGCAGAUCGAUCUCCAGCCUGUGAAUUCGCCUCCUCGACUCGGCCAGCAGUCGGCCAGCAGUGCACUAUUCCCCCCCAUCCCCCCCCCCCCAGCCUCCGAGCAGCACUUCAGGACGGGGUCCUGCAGCGUCAGAGUUUUAUACAGGCGGAUCCAGCAGUCUGUGGGCUCGCUGCUGUCAGAGGUUUGGAUGUACAGAUAAACAGUGUGGAGGGAGGGGGGCGUGUCCGCGAUUUAGUUUUCUGAGCAGCUGUGUUUAUUUUAACAGCCAGGUUCUGUGUUAGGAAGUGGGUGGUACUGUUAGGAGCCCUGUUUUCUACUGCAUUGAUUUGAUUUUUUUGUUUUUUUAAAGAAUCCAGUGUAAAACAGCUGCACAAAAAUUGAGAAAAUGUUCUCCUGCUGAGAUAAUAAAUAAAUACUGCCGUUUGUAACAUC